CAACAAGUAAAUUACAUUCCAUACUAUCUCACAGAACUUCACAUCUUCUCAAUUCGGACAUUUUCAGCCAAAGAAGCUUCAGCAAAAUCCCAAAAUGCAGUACACAACAGCCCUCACCACUAUCCUGGUCGCUGCGACUGCCACACUCUCAAGCGCACAAGGUGGAAUCGGGAAUCCAUUCUUCUCCUGUCCAGCUGGAACCACGGGUGGAUGCUGCUUGUCGUAUAAUAGUGGAGGGACUGGAGUGAACUGCGGACCUGUCGUCCCAGGCCCCAUCCCGGGCCAUGAGAAGGAAUUCGCAUGUGCUUUCCGUCCGGGAGAGUUGAAGAGUUGUUGUACAACUGGUGGUGAUGCUCCAUCCGGAUGCGUUGCUGCUCCUCCGUCUUCGACUACGCCUAUCACUACAAUUACCUUUGGGAAGAAAUUGUAG